UGUCCAAGUUUAUCGGCAUAUUCAAACAAAUCGGUUCUGCUCUGGUUAAUCCUGACACAAACAAUACGGACAGAGAGACCGGUCAGAAUGUAAUGUCAGAAUAGCAACCAAAACGGAAUGUCUGACCAAAGGAAAGAUGUAGAGGCUUACAGUGCCUACCUACGAACGAAGAUGGGAGAAUCUCUCACUGAUGCUGUAGCGCAAGUCAUAGCCACAAGACCACGUGACCCCAUUGACUUCCUUGCAACUGCUUUAUACAAAUCUAGGAACAUGGAGUCACCAACUAUACAAGUCGCAAUCACAAGACGUCUUCAAAUGCCAAAAUGGACUCCGGGAGAAACCGGAAGUUCAAUGCCUCAACCGGAAAAACAUAGUGAAACGCGCAAUUUGUCAAAACAAGUUGGAUCAUCAACACCUACCAGUUCUAUACAGACAAAAGUGGGACCUAGUGUACCGAGCAGUGUAGGUUGUAUAAUUGGAUCUAUGGAGGACACAGACGAGGAUUACGAUAUGGGACUUGGAGGACCGACCGUAUACGUACACGGGACAGUGUUGUCUUUAUUCUCUCUCAUUGGAGACAUGUUUGAUGACGACAAAAUCAGCUGAGUAACCGAUAGAUAACCCUAGUAACCAUACAGACGUCAUCGUGACUCUACAUUGAGUGUCAUAACCAUUGGUUUGGGCACGCAAGGACGAUUUUCUAUAGUCCGCAACAAAGAAAUCAGCUGUAAAUGAGUAGAAUAUAUCAUACUGCUGAUUCCUAGAUCACGCUCAUGUAAAGGUACAGUACCAGUCGCGAGGAUCGAAAGGAACAGAGUGGACUUGGAUGGACAGGUGCAUGCCACCAGGACGAACACACGGGGAAAUACAUGUUUAGUUUAUGCAGUAAAUGAUAGAAAUACUUUAGUUCAGCGAAGUAAGAAAGAAAUACGCAUGUACAGUACCUCAUGUUAAAAUGGCGUUAAAUACGUCCUCCCGGUGUGAUUUGAAUACGUCCUCCUGGUGUGAGUUGAAUACGUCGUUCCGUUGUGAGUUGAAUACAUUGUCACGUUGUGAGCUGAAUUUAUCGUCACGUUGUGAGCUGAAGACGUCGUCCCGUUGUGAGCGGAACACACCGUCAUGUUGUGAGCUGAAUUUAUCGUCACGUUGUGGGCUGAAUACGUCGCCCUGUUGUGAUCUGAACACAUCGUCACGUUGUGAGCUGAAUACGUCGCCCUGUUGUGAACUGAACACAUCGUCACGUUGUUAUUUCAACACGUCGCCCCGUUGUGAGUUGAGUACAUUAUCACGUUGUGAGCUGAAUACGUCGUUCCGUUGUGAUUUGAACACAUCGUCACAUUGUGGUCCUGUUGUACUACACUAACUUCAAUUCAGGUCUUCCAUUAACAUGCUGUUUUACAUUUGGAAGUUGAGAAUGUGUUUGUUGGGAGUGAUGCAUCUGAAUCACGUGUUUUUUGACAAUAAUCAGAGUAGAGACAAGAAUACAAUGUAUAUAGGAUUUUGGACUAUAAAACACAAAGAUCUUAUACAAGAAAAAUAAACUUUUUAAUCAUUCGUAAUUAUACUUAUUGUUCUUUACAUAUAAUGAUAUCAUUCAAAUAACGAUGAUGUUUCAACUCCGAGAACAUGGCGGCAUCCGUUGAAAGCCGUUCCACGAUCUUAAACUUGAAAAGAUACCUCAGAGAUCGGAGAAGACCCCAGAAAACUCUGUUAACUGCAUUCAAGGCUUCAUUUAUAAUUGGUUAAUUGCUGUUAAAGUGUGCAUAUGAAAUAUCGAUCGAUUAAACUAGACCUUGUAAG